AUGCAUCUCGUGAGUGCAAGUCUCUGUCUCUUCAACCAAAAGAUCGCUUCCAACUCAAAAACGUUUCGAUUAAACGAGUUUGUAGCCAUGUCGAUAAGCGACAAGGAGGACGGCAAGAAUAACGAGACACGUCUCCGCGAAGGUUUCGUACUUAAUGCGAGUACGAGUUUACUGGAGACACCCUAUCAAGAAGAAAUUAUCUACCGACGCGCCUAUGCAGAGACCCCAUUCAUGACGUCCAGCUUCGAUUCGCACACAGACGAUGAUUUUACGAUGCUACCGUCAGAUAAAUUCCUGUUCACCACCAGUCCAGCUUCGCUGCAAGACCUAGAUGAUGGCUCUUCGAAUGUGCUGGGUCUUGGCUCUGUGCACAACAGUCCGAUGGAUUGCAGUCUUGAUGCUGAAAAUCUAAAUGAUACAGCGGUGAAAGGAGUGACUCAUUCGCGAGAGCUCGUGCCUACGGAAGAAGUGCCGGUUGCCGUGGAGGUUGCGUAUCAUCGAGUAAAUCCCAUGUUCGAGUCCUGCGAGCCCCCCACAAUUAUUUUCUGUAACAUUUACAAGGCUAUGGAAGCACGAGACAUUAAUUUCUCGUGCAGUCCUGAUUGGACGAUUGUGGCCCAUGCGUUGGUUGCGGCGGAAGAAGUUUGCUUCAGUGUACAACUACACCGCUUGGCGAUGACGUCAUUUAUUCGCGUGGACUUUACUUUGCGCUUGGGUGAUGAACUCAAAUUUCUCAGAUUGACUGACUCCAUCCGCAAAGAGUGCAGAUCAAUAGACAGGGACAUGAUGGGACUGCCUGAACUGAGCUUUGACAUUAUGGCAGAUUGGUCGGCUCCUGAGGAUUUCUUUUUGAAUCUCUAG